CUCAAGGUCGACUUGGGUACGAAGCGAGCCACAUUCACUUUCGUGAUAGCUUUUAGCCUCGCUAGUCCGGAAGUUUUCUGCUGCCAGCAUCUGAGCCUUUGCCAACAAGUCUUCCGGUGAUUUUGAACAAUGCAUUUUUCAAAACAUCUUAUCAGGGUAUUACCGAGAAUUGUUCAUCGUCAGUACUCCUCAGAUAUUGAACGUGCUGCAAUCGACAAAUUACGAGCAUCCAGCAAAUAUGUGACUGUUGAUUUCAGUACAAAAGAUGGUGUUGCUGUACUUGCAAUGAAUUAUCAAGCGAAGAAGAAUGCCUUGAGCAGAUCAUUUGUUUCUUCUUUGUCAGAGGCUGUUAAAGAGUUAGAGAUGGACAAUAAAUCAAGAGUUGCUAUUGUAUGCAGUUUGGUUUCAGAUGUCUUCUGUGCUGGCGCCGACCUGAUUGAAAGAGCUGAAGUUCCCGAUAUAGAUACUCCAGAUUUAGUUGCAGGACUACGGUCUUUAUUCCAACGCAUCUAUUUAUUGCCUAUGCCGACAAUAGCCGCUGUGGAUGGUGCAGCCUUUGGUGGUGGCCUAGAAUUGGCACUGGCCUGUGAUAUUCGUUAUGCUGGAAUUCUGCCCAAGUGUAGAUUAGGUUUGGUUGAAACACACUGGGCCUUACUACCUGGUGCUGGUGGUUCACAACGUUUGCCCAGAUUAAUUGGAGAAGCUAAGGCGAAAGAAUUAAUGUAUGCUGCAAUGAAGAUUACUGCUGAGGAGGCGGAACAUCUUGGUGUUGUGAAUACUGCAGUCAACCCGAAAACUGUACCAUCCGCAUGGGCUGAUAUGCCUGGUUUAUAUCAUUCCCUACAGUAUGCCUCCAAAGUGUGCACUAAAGGUCCACUUGCUGUUCGCCAGCUGAAAAAAGCUGUCAAUCAAGGUUUAGCAGUUGGCUCACUUGAAGCAGGUUUAAGCAUUGAAGGACAAUGCUAUCGAGUUCUCAUCCCAACUAGAGAUCGAAAGGAGGGAAUGUUGGCGUUUAAAGAAAAGCGUGAGCCUGUUUACCAUGGACUUUAAGUCUUAGAAUGCUCAAUUUCUUUUUAUUUUAGUUAGACACUAACCAGUGUUUACCUUCCUUCUUUACUUUCAGGUUGUCUUUUUGUGAUAGAGUAGGUUGUGUCUUUUACUAGAUUAUAUACUCUAUUUUCUUGUUUCUUACUGAUUUUUGUGUGUAAUUUCAUAUUAUUUUUUUUUAAAUAAAUAUUUUUGCACUACUAAUAAAAGCAUUCCAGCAGGACUCAUCGAGUUUUUUCUAUCUACUGUUUUGUCAUAGGGUACAAAGUUGGUGUUGUUCAUUUCUCUCUCUCUCUCUCUCUCUUUCUCUCCAUCUGUUAGGUGUUUUGUCUGGUUCAAGAAAU